CUGUGUGAGUCUGUUUGUGCGUCUGUCUGUGUGCAGAACAUGCGAAUUCGCAGCGUUUGUGGAGACACUUACUGCACAAAGAGCGGCAAGAAGUUCACCGGCCAGGUUCUGGAGAAGUUCAUGAUCAUCGACUGUGAGGAGGUCAUAGCCGGUUCCUACAGCUCGGAGGGGCCGCGGCGCCCCCCCCCUCUGGGGAAGCUGGCCUCCCGUCUGGAGGCCCUGAAGAGCCCGUGGCGGCGGUUCUCCGGUGCCCCGGGCCCCGGGGAGCCGGCGCUGGAGCUCAGCCACAACGAGGCGGCGCGGCUGGCCACGGACGCGCUGCUGGAGGCCGGGGAGCCGGGGUACCGGCGCGUGCUGGCGCAGGAGCGCGAGCUCAGCUUCCUGUCCCCGCGCGAGAUCCGAUACAUCGGCCGCCACAAGGCUUUGGGCCCGGACCCCCACCAGGAACCGGGCGAGACCCCCCCGGAACGGGAUUUUGGGGAUUUGGGGGAGUUUGGGGACGUCCAGGACCAGGACGCCGUUUCGGAGCUCACCUCCGGGACCUACUUCCCCAUGAUGUCCGACGAGGAGCCGCCCCUGCUGGAGCUGGGCUGGCCGCAGGCCCCCGCCCGCUUCGGCCCCUCCGAGACCCAGAUCUACUUCCAGAGGGACCGGAGCCACAACGUCAAGGACAUCAUCCGGUCCUUGAUCAGUAAGGCCAAGAAGGUGAGAGAGAAAAGACCCCCCAGAGAACAGGACCUGUUUAUGUGCUGA